CUAUAUUUGCAUACCCCAUCCUAAAACCCUUUGUUUGAGUGUGCUAACAAGAAAGAGAUGGCUGGUGAAUUUAGCUCCCUCUUUCACAAGAUCAAGCCUUAUUUGGCUAUGGUAUCUUUGCAAUUUGGGUAUGCAGGGAUGUAUAUUGUCACCAUGAUGUGUUUCAAAAGAGGAAUGAGUCAUUGGAUUCUUGUUGUUUAUAGGCAUGCAUUUGCCACCAUUGCUGUUGCACCCUUUGCUAUCGUUCUCGAAAGGAAAAUAAGGCCAAAGAUGACACUCAGGAUCUUUAUUAAGAUAGUGGCUCUUGGUUUUCUAGAGCCAGUGAUUGAUCAGAAUUUGUACUAUUUGGGACUGAAGAGCACAACUGCAACUUAUUCAUCUGCCUUUGUUAAUCUCCUCCCAGCAGUAACCUUUAUUCUGGCAGUAAUUUUCAGAAUUGAGAAAGUAAACCUGAAGAAAAAAUCAAGUAUGGCAAAGGUGAUAGGAACAGCAGUAACAGUGGUUGGAGCAAUGGUGAUGACUCUUUACAAAGGGCCAAUGUUCAACCUGGUCCCACGUCACGGUGGCGCCCACCAUGAAGCCUCAACCGCGACCCCUGAGAAUUGGGUUGCCGGAACCAUUGAGCUCAUCGCUUGCAUUGUUGGUUGGUCCGGUUUCUUUAUCGUUCAAUCGAUGACACUAAAGGAGUAUCCUGCGGAGUUAUCACUAGCAGCAUGGGUAUGUGUGAUGGGGGUAGUGGAAGGUGGAAUUGUUGCACUAAUAAUGGAACGUGAUUGGAAUGCUUGGGUUAUUGGCUUUGACUCUAGGCUACUUGCUGCUGCCUAUUCUGGUAUUGUAUGCUCAGGAAUUGCAUAUUAUGUGCAAAGUGUGGUUAAUAAAGUAAAAGGCCCAGUAUUUGUGACAGCCUUUAGCCCAUUAAGCAUGGUCAUCACUUCAGUUCUUGCUGCUAUUAUCUUAGCUGAGUCAGUCCAUCUUGGAAGCUUAAUUGGAGCAAUUAUCAUAGUCAUGGGACUAUACUCAGUGGUGUGGGGCAAGAGUAAGGAAGGGAAAGGCAAUGAAAUCACUAGCAAAGAUCAAGAAUUACCAGUUGUGGACAUCAAAGAAAGAUCAACUAUUGUUGAUGAUAUUAUUGAGAAGAAAACUCCAAUCUUCCAAGAGAAUUAACAUGACCAAAAAACAAAGAAGAUGUUGUAUCUUUAAAUCUGUAAUUUUAAUUUUUGACUUGUUUCAAUGUUAAAUUUUCUAAGUGUUGCUGUAAAACAAUGCACUAAUGUUGUGAUCAAUUGUUGCUUGAUGGAAGGGGAAAAAAAAGUGUAAUCUACUUUUUGUGUAAAAGUUAAGGAGUGGUAUCUCCAUUUGGGAAUGAAAAAUGAAAAUGUUAUAUUUUAUGUA